CCAUAUAUGUGUACCAAAUUUUAUGGCAUGCCUUCGAAAUAGUUUUUGAGAUAUUUCAGUCUGGAUCAAAGUGAUGGAGUAACCAACCAAUAUCCCUGGAGCCACGCCACUAGCAUGGCCAACAAAUACUUUAUAAAGUGUUUUCUAAAUUGGACAUCAGGCAGCAAACUCAUGAUCAAAGUAAUUCACCUUUAGAGGUAUUUAUUGAUGUUACAGAGCUGUUUUUAUGAACAUUGUCAUGGCAUUGUGGGAUAAUUAAUCUGGCGUAGUGUCCACUGAUUAUAUUCUGUAAUAUUUCACCUCGUGUAGUCUGAAAUGUACAUACUGUUGAUAUCAUAGUAAAGUUUCAGACAUACUUAAAAAUCUCAUCUACUGUUUUAGUGUACAAAUAGUAUGUAAGUAUGGAAUUUUGGAUGCAGCCAUAUACCUGGGACAUUUCCCUGGGUGCUCUCAGUGUCAUCUGUAACACCUUUCCCAAUUCAUUGUCUAUGGAGCAGCUCAAGACUUUGUACUUGAUGACGUCACAAAUCUAAGUUAAGCAGUUUAGUUGUUGGAUUAUGGAGAGAGGUGUUCAUGUUUAGUAAUAUUUUCGGACUGUCUGAGGUCACAGGAAAAACAUGUAUGUGUUUGGUAAAUGGGUACAGUUCCCCUUUAAUGCCAUGGCCUCAGUUUACUAUUAACCAUGCUGACGCACUUUGGCAAACGAGCCUUCUCAAGCUCCACAAGAGCUGCAAGGUUUUUUAUAGACAAUAAGCAGUAAGGAACUAUUAUGACGUAUAAUAGGCAUCUUACAUCAAAAGAAUACAAACAUAGACAUCAAAAUCUCACCCUGAGACGUCGAUUGCAGACACACAACUGCUCCUUAGGUGCUCUGAAGUCAUAGUAUCGAAUCGUUUUGUAUUUUUGGAGUGGCACCAUCCCAGUUCAUUAGUUAUCUCAGUAGCUGUUUGACUCAGACAUUAAAGACGAGUCCAUUUACAUAAACCCUCCCCGGCUAUCGAAAUGCAUUUCUGGCCCGCUUUCUCUCCCUCUUCUAAGACCAAUAUUUUACCUCUCGACAAUUGAUUUGCCCUCCACUCCCCUUCGUACUUUAACUGAGUCCAUUAUGUUGUGCAGAGUCAUCAGCUGUGAACUAUACUCAGAUUCUUCUUCACUUUCAUAGUGCGCCGGCACAUUAUAGUCAUGCAAAGACUCACUUGUGUCUUAACAAAAAGUGGAAAAGUACUUUCAGACAAUUAAUACUCAGCAUGUUUGUUACAUGGAGGAUUUACAGAAGCUCCAAACUGACCUCUGAGGUGUGCAGCUCGCCCUUGCAGCACAGAUAUGAUUCACUUCGGCUCGACUAUUCUUAACUACAAUGUCAUAAACGAAGCACCGUUUUUACAGUCACAACGGUCACAGUGUUUUUCAGCUCUGAGUGAAUCCUCCUGAGUUAUUGACCGCGUGUAUGGCUGAACGACCGAGUAGAUACAAGCAGCGCCACACAGGGCAGGGCAGGCUCCUUCAUUCUAAGUGCUGUUCAUAUCCCAGCCAUCAGCGGAUGUGGAUCAAUGCUUGGUUUUACAGCUUUGCAUCCUUGAAAUGACUGAGCAAAUAAAGACAGCUUAGACUGUCAAUCAGAGACUAUUAGUAAAGAAAUUCCUUUAGUAACAAACCCUCCCUUACUAACCUCAAACACACUCACACACACAAACACACACAAACACACACACAGAGCUCAGGACAGUGUGAUAGGAGAUGGAGUGAGUGGGGGUGGAGCCCCUGAGUUGAUGGAGUUGUGGGAGAGAUCCUAAAAUGAACUGACCAGGAGGUAAAAUGCCGGCGAGUAGUAACAGAGAUGGAUCGUGUGCGCGUGGAGAAAGCUUUGGAUCAUUUUGGGGGAUUAAGGCUCUAUGAAUUUCUCUGCACAUGAUGGACUUCAAAUUUGUUUACUUAAAGGAGGAUGCUCUGCGGGCUGUCUUUUUUGUGUAGCUGGUCAGUGGUCUAAGUCUUGGGUUUCAUUUAAGUGACUGUAACUGCUGAUGCCUGUGCAAAAACACUGAUAAAAAGCACGGGGCAGGAGGAAGUUAACAGUAAGUUUUUUAAAAGGGCUUUUGCACAGGCGAUAUCUAAUGCAAGGCAACAAUGGAAUUGGAUGGCAUGGAAGUAAUUGCCAUUGUUGUCGUCAUCGGACUGUUUGUUGUCGUGCUCAAACAGUUUGGGGUUUGGGAACCUUUGUCACUGGAAGACAGCUGUGACAGCGACCUUGAACUCUCCAUGGUGCGUCACCAACCUGAGGGCCUCGAUCAGCUCCAAGCCCAGACACAGUUCACCAGGAAGGAGCUCCAGUCACUUUACAGAGGCUUCAAAAAUGAAUGUCCCAGUGGGCUGGUGGAUGAGGAAACGUUCAAGUCUAUAUACUCACAGUUCUUCCCUCAAGGAGAUGCAACCACAUAUGCACAUUUCCUGUUCAACGCAUUUGACAUGGACAGAAAUGGCUCCAUCCGGUUUGAGGACUUUGUGAUAGGAUUGUCUGUGUUGCUUAGAGGCUCUGUAACAGAGAAACUGCGGUGGGCGUUCAACCUUUAUGACAUCAACAAAGACGGCUACAUUACUAAAGAGGAAAUGAUGGCAAUAAUGACGUCCAUUUAUGACAUGAUGGGCAGGUAUACUUUACCCAGUGUACGAGACGAUUCCCCCUCUGAGCAUGUAGAGAAAUUCUUCCAGAAAAUGGAUCGAAACAGAGAUGGAGUGGUGACUAUUGAUGAAUUCAUAGAAACCUGCCAAAAGGAUGAAAAUAUAAUGGCUUCCAUGCAGCUCUUUGAGAACGUCAUCUAGCUGCUGCAGAGAGACGUGGAUCGGUUAUGCUGCAUAGCGAGUGCUUCCAGCUGCUUCCGGGCCUGAAAUAACUUCAUUCAUCCUGAGGAAGAAAAACUGGGUCGUGCAACACAUGUUAAUACAAAUUGGUGAACACUAUUACUUUUCCUGUCAAACUGUUCUAUGCAGAGAAAUGUGCAGAGUCCACCAAAUCACCUGAGGAUGAAAUGUUUCUUUGCAUGACAAUUUUGUUUUUGCACAUGAUGGAAAUCUUUAUCAGAUGAGCAUGAGUGCUUGCCCAACUUUAAGAAGCAUGUGAUGCAAACCACAAUGAACACAAGCGAGGGGUUUUACUGUUGAACACACUGGGCAAACGAGAAUAUUUUGUUACCGUAUUAUACUGCAAAGAAAUUAAUUAUGUUUCUAAGUUCUUCAAAUUUUUGUGUGUCAUUGUCAUGUUGACCCAAAACCUGCUGAAAUAAAUACACCUUCACA